AUGGCUUACUUGAAGCCUCUAGCACUCCUUGGCUUACUUGUUGCCACAUUUGCUUUUAUGGCUGAGAGCCGAGUUGAAAGGAGCGACUUGGGUCUGGACUCCGGCGGUGGUUUGGGGCUUGGGACAGGUGCAGGUUUGGGCCUUGCGUCUGGUUCUGGACCUGGGUUGGGAGGAGUUUCUGUUUCUGGUUCUGGAUCCGGCUCUGGCUCUGGCCUUGGCCUUGGGUCAUAUUCUGCUUCCCGGUCUGCUUCUGCCUCCGGCAGCGACCAGGGAUAUGGCAUAGGCUCCGCUUCAGGGUAUGGACAUGGUGAUUCUUCUGGCUCAGGCUCUGGUUCUGAACAUGGAAAUGGCAAUUAA